AGGAUCAGUGUGUAUGAAGGGUGAUAGUUAACAGAUGGACCCAAGGAGCUCUCUACCCCUGGUCGACUUGCAAGGCCUCCAGGGACUGGCUUGCCAACAGCUGGACUUGAUCACUGGCUUGCAAAGUGAGAUCACGCAUCUGGUCGAAUAACAAGCAGGCUUUGCUCUCUGGCUGUUUGUAGAGGAUUUUCACAGCAGUGGCUAGAAAGUGGGAGGCUACUAUCUGGACCCUUGAGUUUUCCUGGAGAGGCACGGCACGGGAGAUUCCACCCUGGGUGGUGUGCAGGACAAUGAUGGGCCUUCGGCAAGCGUCUGCUUUGCUGGUUCUGUUCCUUGCAGCUCUUCAGCUCCCACCACAGUGUGCCCAGGACCCGGCCAUGGUGCACUAUAUCUACCAGCGCUUUCAAGUCUUGGAGCAAGGACUGGAAAAAUGUACCCAAGCAACGAGGGCAUACAUUCAGGACUUCCAAGAGUUCUCAAAAAACAUAUCCGUUAUGCUGGGAAGAUGUCAGACCUCCACCAGUGAGUAUAAGAGUGCGGUGGCAAACCUGGCCCUGAGAGUCGAGCGCGCCCAGCGCGAGAUAGACUACCUGGAGUACCUGCGGGGAGCUGACGUGUGCCUGGAGUCCGAGGACAAGGCCCUGGCAGAAAAGCUCAUCCAAGAGGCCGAAGAAGAGAAAAAGAUCCGGACUCUGCUGAAUGCAAGCUGUGACAACAUGUUGACGAGCAUAAAGUCUCUGAAAAUAGUGAAGAAGACAAUGGACACACACGGCUCUUGGAUGAAAGAUGCUGCCGGCAAUUCCCAAAAGGUUUAUUUCCUAGUUGGAUCCAGAAACAAAACUCUGUGGGAAUUUGCAAACAUGCGGGCAUUCAUGGAGGAUAGCACCAAGCCAGCCCCGCGGAAGUUCAUCCUAACACAUUCCUGGCAGGGAACAGGCCACGUGAUCCACAAAGGUUUUCUGUUUUUUCACAACCAAGGGACUCUCAACGAGAUAAUCAAAUAUAAUCUGCAGAAGAGGACUGUGGAAGAUCGGAUGCUGCUCCCGGGAGGGGCAGGCCGAGCGCUGGUCUACCAGCACUCCCCGUCCACAUACAUUGACCUUGCUGUGGAUGAGCAUGGGCUGUGGGCCAUCCACUCAGGGCCGGGCAUCUACGGCCAUUUGGUUCUCACAAAAAUUGAACCUGGCACGCUGGGAGUGGAACACUCCUGGGACACCCCAUGCAGCAGCCAGGAUGCUGAAGCCGCAUUCCUUUUGUGUGGGGUUCUCUAUGUGGUCUACAGUUCUGGUGGCCACGGCCCCCAUCGUGUCACCUGUGUCUAUGAUCCACUGGGCACGGUCGGGGAGGAGGGUCUGCCCAAUCUGUUCUUCCCCAGGCGGCCGAGAAGUCAUUCCAUGAUCCAUUACAACCCCAGAGAUAAGCAGCUCUAUGCCUGGAAUGAUGGAAACCAGAUCAUUUACAAACUCCAGACAAAGAGAAAGCAACCUCGGGAGUGAUGCGUUACACAAGGAGGGAAAGCACUGUGUCUGUGGACGCUGCUCUCCAGGACAUUGAGGCCACAGCCCUUUUACAAUAUCGUAUCCGUCUGAUCACAGACAAGCAUAGGGUGUUAAGCGGGCUUGCAUAUGAAUCCUUCCCCGGAUGUUACGGCCUGAGGCAUCUUCCGAGACCUUAGAUGAGAGUCUGUCAUUCACACAUUCUCCACUUCCAUCACCCAUCCAAACUCCUGGCUCUCAAGGCCUUCCACAUUUUGAUCCAACAUACAUCCAUCCUUUUCUUUACUCCCCUCAGCCAGCAAUUAGAAAUGAAGGCCACCUCCUAGUACUCUUGGCCUCCUGGCCUUUCUUGUAGCUCUUUCCUCUUUCAUAAAUGCCUGUCGAUAUUCUCCCAUUUAUCACUGCCCCACUAAAGUACAAUCUCUUCCUGAUGUUGAAUCUCCAUUCCCCCUAGCUCUGCCCCUCCACUAAGCUGAGUAGCUACAACAGUGAAGCAAAACCAUUCACAUGCGCAUACCACUUGCCAGUUACAGUGUUUGCACCUACGGACAUUGAUUAAUUGCCACCCCAUGUCUUCUGAGACAUGCAGAAGUCUUUAUAAUUGCCAGUUUAGAGAUAAGAAAAGUUGAGAUGAGUCAAAGUAACACAGCCACAAAAUGAAAAUAGGGCUAGGAUAUACUGCAAAUCCCAUAGUCCGUCCAUUGCCCAAGGAAGCAUCAAAUAUGUAUGUUUGUUCAUCCGAUCUUUUGUAGCUAUACAUUCAUCAUUUUGUCCUAAAAAUAAUGGUCUGCCCCCCUUUGGCUAUUUUUCAUGUCUGCACAAGACCUUCCUCUAAGCCCUUCAAAAGCUACUUCCUCCAGAAAACCAGCCUAAGGGUGAGGAUCCCACCUGUAGCCUCAUCUUGUUUUACCUUCCCCAGAGUCUCUUUUCUUGCUAGAAACACAAUAAAACUGACACAGAGCAAAUAACCCUCAUCAGGUUAUAUUUGCCUCCGUGCCCUCAGCAGCCAAGCUCUCAGGAAGUGCUGUCUGUUCUGGAUUCCCUGUGAAGCUCCCCAGCACACCGAGGCCCUUGGUGAAGAUUCUGGAAUCUGGAUGGAAGCCAAGUAGCAGGCAAAUGGCUCCCUGUCACAGCAGGCAUGCCAAGUGGCACAGGUGACAGAGGGCAGCUGUGCCUGUCCAGAGGGGCUUCUUCAAAUCUUUCCCACGCAUUUGUCCAAUUCAGCCUAGUGUGGGUCACACGCACAGGCUGUGGUGCCGGUCUGUGUCAUGUGCUGAGGCCUCUGUCUUCCCAGGUUGGUCACAUGAGAGGGUUGGCUUUGUGUGCCUGCAGCUGUUUGGCCAACUCUGCCAAGCUCAGGGCGGGACCCUAGGCAAUGAAGAGACGUUUUGCCCCCAUAGCAUUUGAGUAGAUCUCUGGCAGAAUGGAAUUACUCACCCCAUGCACACAGCACAAUUCUCCACAGUUCUAAUAGAUACAGAGCCCCUGUCUGGUGUGGAAUGAGGCAGGUAUGAAUAAAUAAACAUGGCGAUGUUCCCCAC